CUCACGUAUUCGGUUGUUUGGGACGGGGCGCAUGUCUCUUCUAAUGUGUAGAGCUCAGGUUGAAGCCGCUCGUCACGGUAAAGUCGCAGGCAGUUCUGUGUAUCCAUGACUGAGCUUUCUAAAUAUUCCUGGCCUUCACAGAACUUCAGGCAAAAGUAAUGGACACGCAACAAAAGGUGAAACUUGCUGAUCUUCAGAUAGAGCAAUUAAAUAGAACAAAGAAACAUGCACAUCUUACAGAUACUGAAAUUAAGAGCUUGCCUGAUGAAACUCCAAUGUAUGAAGGCGUGGGAAGGAUGUUUGUUCUUCAAACUAAAGAGAAAAUUCACAGUCAGCUACUGAGUAAACAAAAAAUAGCCGAAGACAAAAUAGCGGAGAUAGAGCAGAAAAAGUCGUAUCUGGAGCGAAGUGUAAAAGAAGCCGAAGAUAACAUUAGAGAAAUGUUAAUGGCUAGAAAAUCUAUGUGAUUGAAGUGAAAUAUUUCUUUAUUCCCAAUUGAGUAUUGAAAUGAUUCAUGUAGAUACAUUCAGCCUUAAGACUGUUUUGUAAGCCUUUUUGAGUUGCCAUUGUGUACCCUUGUUAAAUUAAAUGAAAUGUAUCAUUAAACCUUUA